AUGCCAUCGGCUAUGCAGCUGCUGCUCCUGACAAUGCUGUUGGCAGCCACGCCAGCGCUGGGACUGGGACGCAAGGUGAAGCGGAAGGACGCACACUACCAUCUAAAUGUGCCUCCGCCACCACCGCCGUCACCACAGGAGCACCAGGGUCACCAACAACACCAGCAACACCAACAACACCAACAAGCCACGCUGAUCGAACACGAAGUGCCACCGUAUUCAUUCGAAGCCAUUAACCACGACGAGUUUGAGCCGGCCAAGAGUCCGCAUCUGAACGGACAAGCCACGCGUUACGAAAGCUCCGACUACAUUGUUCACAGCAUACAAGGCGGCGGGGGCGGCCAGGGGGGCGGAUAUCUGGCGGACAAUGGGCUGCGAAGCAUUGCGAAGGGAUCGGCGGAUACAGCCAUUUCGGCUGUUGCCAGUCAGAAUGCAGCCGGAAAACAGGCCUCAUACGUCGCCAAGAGUACGCUGGCCCAGGCAGCAGCUCAAGCAGCCGGCACAGCCGUGGCUGUGCUCAAGGGUAAGGAGGUACUAUUGCACCGGUUGGAGGAUCAGAGCGUGGAGGCACACAAGGCAAUGGAGAACGAGCUGACGCAGCUGCAGCAGGCUAAACGAUCGGCGAAAGCUGCUCAAUAUGCUGCCCAGCAGGCCAUCAACCAUGUGAGCGUCCUCACGGCGGCACUCAACAAUGCCCAAUCCGCAUCUGAACUCGCCCAAAAGUCUGCGUCCGAGGCAGCUGCUGAAUUGGCCUCACAAAUCGAUAUGGUGGCCCAGGCAAAGACUAAGCUGGAGCAUGCUGAGUCGCAAGCCUACGGCGCUCGCUUGGAUUAUGAGGAGACUCGCGAUGCGGCGGAGAAGGCUACACUGUCCGCGCAGGAGGCACAGCUCAAUGCCAACGAUGCUGCUCUGCACGCCAAUGUCGAGCUCAGUGAAGCGGUUCACAUUCAUGACAAAAGCGAUCGCAAUGUGGUGGAACCGGCCCGGGGCCCGCCACGCCAUCGUCGUCGACCGUAA